AGUUGGGUUCUCCAUAACAUCAGGGAAAUCCUUAAAAUGCCAACUCUGAUUGUACCAGAAAGUUACUUUGAAAAGUUUUUUUUGGCCGACAGUACUUUCCAACAUCAAUCAGUGUUUGAUCCAUUAUCCAGAAAAGUGGUUCCACUGAGUGGGGAUGACUCUAAUGUUUUUUUCCUUUCCAGAAGCAACGAAAGACCUACUGAUGGAUUUGCAACUGACAUUGCCAUUGGCAAUAUCAAUGUCCAAACUGGAGCAAAAGUUAGGGAUUUUCCUUUGCCGAGUGCUGAGACUGAAAUGCUCUCACUCACUACAGUUGCCAACAGAGAAACAGAAGAAGACCCCACAGAACUUCCAACUGCACCUAAUCCACCCAGUGCAACUGUACUUGCAGAAGUCGUCAGUGUAGAGCAGGGGGACAUUUCUGUGGACUGUUCCAUGUUUACCGGUACUGUCCGUGGUGAGCGGCAAAACUAAGUUUAAAUGAAGUUGUACACAAGGCACCCUUCAGCGCAUCCGAGCAAAGACUUCUCCAGUUAAACACACCUGUUAAGUUGACCUUGUUUUCAUCAUGCUCUCUUGAAAUUGAGCAUGAAAAAUACUUAGUGAUUUGGGAGUGGGACACUGUGGUAGCAUCAAAUAAUGAAACUGACAAGAGGCCAGGAACAUAUGUAGACAGUCCAUCCUCAGAGGAGAACUUUUAAAAUACACACAUUUCAGGAGACAGUGAAGAUGAUGAGGCAGACUCAGACUCCACAGUUCUACACAACCUCCCAUUCAAGGUUAUGGGGGUUGGACACAAGUUAGAGAGACAACACCUGGAGGCAGCGUUCAAUAAGAGAAAAAAUGAGAACUUUGUUAUACGAGCAAAGAUCGAACCUGAACCAGACAUUAUGUUUGAUGAGAAGGCUGUAAGUGUUUUAAGGUCAUUCCUCACAUUUGCGUCACGCAUCCUUACUGCGGAUAAUUUAUGGCGUCAUUAAUGCAU